UUCACUUCCUUCUUCCGCACGGCGCUAGGAUAACAACAAAUGCACCAUGAAGUUACCAGUUUUAUUUUUAAUUUUCGCCGUGCAUUUUCUCUCGGGGACUGCACACAUCGGGAAAAAUGUGGGGAAUUUCUUUAGCAGCCAGCACACCAACAACUGGGCUGUUCUGGUUUGCACGUCGAGAUUUUGGUUCAACUAUCGUCACGUGGCCAAUACUUUAUCCGUGUAUAGAAGUGUCAAGAGGCUCGGUAUUCCUGACAGCCACAUAGUGCUGAUGCUGGCGGACGACAUGGCGUGUAACCAUAGAAACCCCAAACCGGCCACCGUCUUCAGUCACAAAAACAUGGAGCUGAACGUGUACGGGGACGACGUCGAGGUGGACUACAGAGGAUACGAGGUGACGGUGGAAAACUUCCUUCGGGUUUUGACCGGGAGGUUACCACCCAGCACGCCGCGCUCCAAACGCCUCCUGUCUGACGAUCGAAGCAACAUACUCAUUUAUUUAACUGGUCACGGCGGAAAUGGUUUUCUGAAGUUCCAGGACUCGGAGGAGAUAAGCAACGUGGAGCUGGCUGACGCGUUCGAGCAGAUGUGGCAGAAAAGAAGAUACAAUGAGCUGCUGUUUAUCAUCGACACGUGUCAGGGCGCCUCCAUGUACGAGCGCUUCUACUCCCCGAACCUCAUGGCUCUGGCCAGCAGUCAGGUCGGAGAGGACUCGCUAUCUCACCAGCCUGAUUUAGCCAUCGGGGUUCACCUCAUGGACCGCUACACCUUUUACCUGCUCGAGUUCCUGGAGGACGUCCACCCGGCCAGCAAAACCAACAUGAACGACCUGUUCAAAGUUUGUCCCAAGAGCCAGUGCGUGUCCACUCCAGGCCACCGUACCGACCUCUUCCUCCGGGACCCGGGAAGCGUUCUGAUCACGGACUUCUUCGGCAGCGUCCGAAAAGUGGAGAUCACCACAGACGCCAUCGAGCUGACAGAGCCCAUCAAACAGAAAGAGCACACCGCCGUGAGUGAGGAGCAGGAGAGGAAGCAGUACUCGUAUGUGGACCAGCUGCCAGUGUCUGAGAUCAUACAUCAGAAGCCGAAGCAGAAGGACUGGCACCCCCCUGACGGCUUCAUCCUGGGCCUGUGGACCCUCAUCCUGCUGGUGUUUUUCAGAGCGUACGGCAUCAAGCACCUCAAGCACAUCUUCUGAGAGCUCACGUGUCUCCGCUGUCUCCUCCAACCCUGCGCCGUCUUCCAUUCUCUCUCUCCUUUCUUCUCUCCCUGCCCCACAAGAGAGUUUUUGGAGUUUUAUAACUAGGGCCCGACCGAUAUGGAUAUUUUUGCAGCCGAUAUGAUACAGAUAAAACAGGAGUUGAAGCUGCCGAUAGUCGAUCUAAAAGCCGAUAUAUUUAGAGAUGUAAAAAUUCACUGUAAAUCUUCAAUUGGUUAUAAACACUUAGGUCUGGCUCUACUGGACUUUUUAUACUGGGUUUGUUUAGGCGACAUUUACUGUUAUUCAGCUUCUUUACUGUCAUAUUUCAAGACAGUAGGUCGGCCUAAUGGCAUUUUUUCCUGACAUUCAUGCCAGUACAGUAAAGAAAGCUAAGUAUACUACUGCUUUCAGCCUUUAGCGGUAAAUGCAUGCCGAUCAUUCACACCUCUAUUCACAGCUCAUCUACAUAUGAAUGCAGGUAAUGUGUGUAAUGUGUGUAAUGUGUAUAAUGUGUGUACAGCCACGAUAUUCACUUUACACGAGGCCAGUGUAAGAGAAAACAGGCUGUUUAUGUGUGGGAGCUACAGCAGCUAAGAGCGAACCAAUGAGAAAGAACCAAAAUUUGCCUCAAAACCGACACAUUUGCGACACUCACCGCUCACACAGGCUCCUCCCAGAUCACAAGUCUUCACAAAUAAGUGUCCUUGUAAUCCUGACUCAAAACGACUGUCCGUAAACGAAUGUUCUAGGGGUUCUCUCUCUUAAGAUUAGUCCUGGUUUAGUCCUGGUUUAGUCCUGGUUUAGACCUGGUUUAGACCUGG